UACCCCAACGCUCCGCCUUCGGAGCAAGUGGCUGUUUAAGCCGCUGCAUCGAGAGGCAUUCGACAUACUUAGUGGAAAUGCUUCGUUAGUUCUGUUUUUAAGUGUAUCUUGCCGUUCAUUCAGACAUUUGCUUGUGGAUAUGUACAUUCUAUCUAUAGUUUUAGCCAGUGUGGCUAUUUUCCCACUGGUUUUAAAAAUAUUUUGUCCUUACUUUUGGGAUGAUUUGUUCUAUCUGAUGAACUUGGUACGGAUUUUGGUUACGUUUGGCAAGCGGAGGAGGAGAAAACCACUAUUCCUCGUUUUGGAUAGAUAUUUUGAACAAACUUCGAAUCAUCCAGAUAGAGCUUUCAUUGUGUUUGAGGACAAAUCAUACUCCUACCGAGAUGUAGACAAAAAAAGCAACAAAAUCGCCAAUGCUUUACUGAAGUACACCGAAUUAAAGGAGGGGGACACGGUGGCGCUUUACAUGGGAAAUGAACCCACUUUUAUUUUUACCUGGCUGGCGUUGGCUAAACUGGGCUGCCCCGUAGCUCUGCUCAACACCAACAUUAAGUCGAAGUCUCUUCUACACUGUUUUAGUUGUUGUGGAGCAAAACUGCUCAUAGCAGCCGCAGAGCUGCAGGGUGCAGUGGCGGAUGUGCUGCCCUCCCUGCGUGAGCAGGGCGUGGUCGUGUUCAUAGUGUCCAGGGAGUGCAGCUCGAAUGGCAUGGAGAGCCUCUUAGACAAGGCAGAGGAGGCUGAGGACAGCCCCAUAUCACCGUCACGGAGGGAACACCUGACCUUCAAAAGCCCCGCCGUCUACAUCUACACGUCCGGCACAACAGGGCUGCCCAAAGCUGCUUUAAUCAAUCAGGACCGCCUCCUGGUUGCCAUGGCGGUGCUGACGUCCAAUGGGGUGACUCCAGGUGACAUCAUCUACAUCAACCUUCCUCUGUACCACGCUGCUGGCCUCAUCAUCGGAUUCAUUGGCUCCAUUGAAACGGGUUCAACCAUAGUUUUACGACGAAAAUUUUCGGCCUCCCAGUUUUGGGAAGACUGCAGGAAGCACCAGGUGACAGUGAUCCAGUACAUCGGAGAGGUUCUGCGGUAUUUGUGCAACACCCCCAAGAGAGAUAAUGACAGAGAUCACAAAGUGAGACUGGCUAUUGGCAACGGUGUCCGGACAGAUGUAUGGAGAGAGUUCCUGAACAGAUUUGGCAACAUUGAAGUCAGAGAAUUCUAUGCUGCCACAGAGGGUAAUGUGGGAUUUGUGAACUACACAGGAAAAAUUGGUGCCGUCGGACGUGUCAACUACUUCCACAGGAAAAUAUUCCCCUACACACUGAUUAAAUAUGAUGCAGAGAGGGAGGAGCCAGUGAGAGACCACAGGGGGCUGUGCAUUGAAGCUGCCAAAGGGGAGAUAGGACUUUUGGUUUCCAGAAUAACGAAGAUUGCUCCUUUUGUUGGAUAUGCGGGAAAUGAUCAGCAGACAGAGAAGAAGAGGCUGCGUGAUGUCUUUCAGAAAGGAGAUCUGUACUUCAACAGCGGAGACCUGCUGAGGAUAGACCACCAAAACUUCAUUUAUUUCCAGGACCGUGUCGGGGACACUUUCAGGUGGAAAGGAGAGAACGUGGCAACCACAGAAGUGUCUGAUGUUCUCGCUAUGGCUGACUGUAUCCAGGAGGCGAACGUGUACGGUGUCAAAGUGCCAGGGCAUGAGGGGAGGAUAGGUAUGGCUGCUGUCACAUUAAAAGCAGGGGCAGAGUUUGAUCCCAUUGGCGUCUUCAGCCAGGUCAGCGGCUACCUGCCUGCGUAUGCCUGGCCACGUUUCUUACGGAUCCAGGGUUUCUUGGAGAUGACUGGGACAUUCAAGCAGAUGAAAGUUAAGCUGGUCGAAGAGGGAUUCUGCCCAGCGGCUGUCUCUGACCCCCUCUACUUCCUGGAUGAGAAAGAGAAGCGCUACGUACCAAUGACCCAGCAGAUUUACAAUUCCAUAGAGUCAAAGGUCAUUAAGCUCUGAUUUACUGUAAUAUAGUGCCCUCUCCAUUGUACAUUAUUCUGAGGUACUAUUGCCUUGUGUGAAUAAGAAACAGUGUAACCUAUUUUUAAUAUGGCAACACAGUCAAUUUUUAAUAGAAUGAUUGUAACAUGUAGCAGGAUACCUCAGGGAUGUUAGAUAUUAGAUGUUUUCAUGAAUCACAUUAAAUGUAACAAAUAUGACAAUCAUUUAAUUCGUCUUUUGUGAAAUAUGAGUGGCAUUUACUAAACUCUACUGGGUAUUUCCUUCUUAUUCUGUAGUCAUACUGUAGCUGUGCUGCAAAUAAACAAAACUGCAAAUCUAACAGUAUAAAAAGUUAUAUGGAGGAAAAGAUUGUUAUAUUUUUUAAUCAUGUUCAUUUUGGUGUUCUCCUAACAUAAAGCAAAAGUUGCUGCCUGA